CCCAAAAUAUUAAAAAAAGCCUUUAACUGUUUAACAACUAUACUUUUAAGCCCAAAUGUGCCGCACCUUACCAUCUAGGGAUUUGCUUCCCGUAUUUACCUAACCUCAUAUAUCCCACUUAACUCAUCUAUUCCCCCAAUUUCCUAUCCUUCCUCGACGACAUAGCCAAAUCCAGGCGAGACUAUCAUCGAUUCACCACCAUCGUCACCCCCAUUACAGCCGUCGCGACCACAACUCAGAUCGAAUCUCGAUAGCUGAGCUUCCUCCUUCAGCUCAUGUGAAGUCGACUCCGACCACGACCAUCAGCUUCUCUAAACUCCGACACCACCUAACGGUUCUUGUCGAAGCCACAUCUUCAAUCAAAAGAAUGAUAAUCGGAAGGAACAUAAAUUGGACAGAGACCAAAGAAAGUAUGGGUUGCACAUUAUAUGUGGAGAUGCAAAGAAAGUCUAUCACUGGAAAAUGAUAUGGAUACAUCAAAUCCUGUAGUUUUUGUCAAUGCAGAGUUGUUGCGACUGUAUGUUGGAAGGCGGGUUCGGGCACUGAUUCAGGUGGUGCGAACUGAGGGUGGAACUGUUAUUGGAAAUUCUACUGAUGGAAAGGAGCUAGUUGUUAAGGGCACCCCGCCGGUUCCUCUUACAAAAUUUGUUGAGGUCAUAGGCAUUGCUGACAGUGAUAAGUCCAUCCAUGCUGAGAUAUGGAACAACUUUGGAGAGACAAUUGACACAUCUUCUUACAAUCAGCUCUGUCAGCUUGCAAAUGGAGAAUAUAAACAGUUGUUCAUCUGAGUUACAACAAGAUUGCGUUGUAAGCGGGAAAGGGCUUCCUUUUAAUGUAGUUGAUCACGUAGUUUUAGUACUAUCUUUGGCAGUUUUUUGAAUUUUAUGGCAGUGAAGUGAUUAAGAUCUUGGCUAUUCGACAUUUGCAGAAGUCUCAAAUAUUCAAACCUUAUUGAAUGUACCUGCAAUCUAUUUUGCUAAACCUUCAAAGUUCAUGCGACUCAUUAUCCGCGA